AUGGCCUCAAGAACCCAAAAUGAUACCGUUAUCGAUGAUGAUGAUGAGAUCUGCCCUCUCUGCAUUGAAGAAUUUGAUCUUUCGGACAAGAACUUCAAGCCAUGUCCUUGCGGCUACCAAAUAUGUCAGUUUUGCUACAACAACAUCAAAACCCAUAGCGAGGAGGGCCGAUGUCCUAACUGCCGACGCGUUUACGACGAGAACACAAUACAAUACAGAGUUCCCGACGCAGAUGAGCUUAAGGCAGACCUGGCGUUAAAACACCGUAAGGCGGCGGCUGCAAAGAAAAAAGAACAAGAGAAGCGUGAAAUCGAGGCAUCUAGUCGAAAAAAUCUUGCGGGAGUCCGAGUUGUCCAGAAGAACCUUGUCUAUGUCAUUGGACUUAAUCCAACAAUCAGGGACGAGAACCAGUUACUUCAGACAUUGAGGGGGGAUCAGUACUUUGGCCAAUACGGUGAGAUAGAAAAGAUUGUCGUGAGCAAAGCGAAACCUAGUGGAAACCCCAAUCAAGGAAUCGGAGUGUACGUCACCUUUGCAAAAAAGAGCGAUGCCGCAUCAUGCAUUGCCGCCGUUGACGGCUCCGCCAAUGGUGAUCGAGUUCUGAGAGCGCAAUACGGGACGACAAAGUACUGCUCAUCAUUCCUUCGUAACGAGCAGUGUAACAACAGAAAUUGCACCUUCCUGCAUGAGACCGGAGAAGAUAGCGAUAGUUUCAGCCGCCAAGAUCUGUCCUCCAUGAAUACGAUUUCGUCGCAGCGACCUCAUCCCAAUUAUCCCAACGUGUCGGCGAAUCAGUCUCGUACAUAUCCACCGGGAAGUCAGUCCGGCCCAUCGAGUUCCCUCUCAAUGCAGCGACACACUAAUAAAGAUGAAGGAACCCGGAUGCCCGCUAACGACUCCCCUGCCCUCCCAUCUUCAGCGAGCUGGGCGAAUAAAGAUGCUCUUGCACAUCGAACAAGACGCCCUAGCGUGGCUGCGAGUCGCGGCACACCGAGCCCCAAACCGGCAACCGCAACAAUCGCAACCAAACCGGAGGAAUCGAGGGCGGCCACCGAAAAGCGAACUCAUCAAAAUGCGGAAGAGUCGCGCCAACACACACCAACACCAGGGCCCAGCUCAAGGUUGGAGCAACGUGAUUCUGUAUCCCCGAGGAGACCACUGUCCGUGUCCCAAGAUCGCGGCAUGGUUCUGUACAAUUUGGUCAAGGCGAUAAACUCUCCAGAGUUCCGAUUUCAGUUCUCAGCGGCUGGUCUACCGGCUGAUGAGCUUGCAUUUAUCGAAAAUCAUCCGUCUCUCAUCGAUCCAUACGGCGGCGUGAAACGUCGCGCUAUGCGCGAAAAGGCGGAACAAGAAAGGGCAAAACAAGAAGUUGAGGCUAAGAUGCUACUACAUGCCAAUCAACCCGAGGAGGAGACCCUUGAAGGUGGUAGUUCGCAGCUUGGCGGUGAACCAGAGGAGUUGCAUUCUGGCCCAGGGCCUGCUGGACGCAGCGGCCGUGAACAACAAGCCAUUCAGCCCCCAUCCCAACAAGCAACUGCCUCAAGUUCUGCUGUUGGUUCGCCUAUUUCAGCUGGCCACCAGUUCCAAAGCUUGAACGUCAAUGGUCGUGCCCUUACUCCUCUCCAACAGCAGCAGCUCAUGCUUUUAAAGUCAACCACUGGCCAACAGAGCGGCUUGUUAGACCAACUUCAAACUUCUUCCAUUAACGGCUAUGAUCAUAACCCGCUUUCCAGGCCCAGUGCGUUUCAAAACCAAAUGCCGCCAGUGGGUGCAAUAUCGGGUCACGCACGACAGUCCUCUCGGUUCUCCUUUGCGAAUGAAUCAAACGCCAAAAAUCCCAACCAUAGGCUACUUAGCCAGCAGGCUGCCGUGAUGCAAGCGUCGACCACCAACCCGAUGGCGACUGCCAACACACAACAACAUGGGCUUAGUAGCCACUUUUUUACCAGUGGCGUUCAGGGUCCUCCUCCUGGCUUGAAAACUGCUGGAACACCGCCUGUCAGUGGAGGGGGCAUGUUCGCCCAAGGUCAUGGGUUUACGAGCACAAUGAAUAAUAACUUGGGGCUUAAUGUCAAGCAAGAUGGGAAUGCUGAUUUGAUGCGUGAGCUGAUGCGUGCCCGGAGUGGUACGAGUGGUGGGGGUGUUCAAACUCUCGAAGCAACCAAGCGUGAGUACAUAUCUCCUUUAAUCCAUCAACACAGCACCCCUCCUCCCCUGGCUCCCGUUUCAGGCCUUCUCAACUCGCUUUAUGGUCCUCAAGCCGGGUUCUAUCAAGAGCCAGGGCCACAGAAGCAGAAGAAAAGGGGGAAGAAGCACAGACACGCUAACACUUCCUCCGGCGGAGGUGGUGUAGUAGAUCUUGCGGACCCGAGUAUCUUGCAGGCGAGAAUGCACCAAAACAAUGCAACUGCUGUUGCUGGGCAGGGGCUAUACGGGAGUCAGGGUCAAGUGGAUGAAGACUUUCCGCCGCUAGCACCUCCAAAGUCUGCGCUCGACACCCGGGCAUCGUCCCGGUCCCAUAUUUCCGUGGAAUCCCCCGUUUUUUCGAGUAGGUCUGGGACGCCAACAGUGCCCCCUGGACUGUCGUUCCCACACGGCCAUCCGGCAGCAGGUCUCAUCAAAGAGUCGAGUGUGCCCUCAAGCCCCUCUCCAUCCAAAAACCAUGCUUCCAUUUCAACCGUCAUUGCGCCGCCUCCUGGUUUAACCCCACCCCAAAAGGUGAGGGACACGGUUAUGCCUACGCUUGCUACUCCAAUCAUUCCAGAGUCCCCAAGUUUAAAGCCGGAUCCUGCAAGCAACCCGGCAGAAGCCUCAGCAGGCUCGCCAAAACCGGAAGCCGUCGCAUCUCUGACCAAAGAAACCCAGCCCCCCGCUCCCCCUAAAGCUAACAAGCAGUCAACAGAAGCAACCCCCGCGAAGAGCGGAAAAGGACCUUCCAAAGAAUCCCACAGCAAGCCAAAGCCUAUUAAAUUGGAUAUAUCGUUCUCUGCGACUGGCCGAGAAUCCGCUUCUCCCUCUCAGACUUCUGCGCCCUACCAGCUCCCUGCGCUUUCUACAUCCAUUACCAGUUCGCGGCCAAAUACCCCCGGAACGGUAGCUUCUCGCAUAUCCGAAUCUCCUGCUCCUCGUCAGCCACGGGUGUUACGUGUGGUAGACACCCCCAAAUCCGAAACGCCACCUCUACAAUCAUCUGGAGCCGCAUCUGGUACCACUACAGCGGUAAAGCAACGGUCACGAAGACCUAGCAUUUCUUCUGUGAGCCGUCCGGCUACGCCUGCAGAAAUAAGUUCUGAAUAUGACCUCUACACCUCUGCUUCCGCAUCUCGGGCUAACUCGCCGCCUCCCAGUAGAAUUGGGUCUGCCCCAGUUCGUGCGAUGUCAAAAAAUCAGGCAAAAAAGCAACGAAAACUCAAAGCUGAGCAGGCUGAAGCGAAGAAAGAAGAUGAACUUACAUCUACUCCCGUUGAAGACACUGUGCAGGCACCUAUCCUUGGCAGAAAGCGAAAGACAAAAAAGCCAUCGAAGCGAGCCACAGACAGCACAGAGGAUGGACAAAGGGCUUCACCUGGAACCAAUGAGGAUACUCAACCAAAAUCAGGUAGUACAAUAGUAUCCAAGCAUGUGGAAUCCGGAGCGAAAAGCUCACCCACCAUUGAAAAGAUGGAAGAGAAAAAGGAAGCCCAUGAGCCUUGGCGCCUUAACAACACUCUAGAGCAACUUAUGGUUGAUUCUGAAGCACUGGGUGUCCCUAUCAAAGACUUGUUCCUUGAAAGGACGCCUCCACUGCCUACCAUACUCGCACAGCUUUAUCAGUCGGGACAGCUGGAUCUGCAUGUCCACGCGCUCUUUAACCCUCCAAAUCUCAAUCAACGCGUGGAUAUGAAAUGCACAGCUGAAGAUUAUGAAUAUUUGAAGCGACCAAUUGAAUUGACUGAAGACCACCGCAAAAUGCUCCUCCGUGGUGAACCUGUUCGCAUUAAUGGUGGGUCAGAUCUCUUGAAACAUAGGUGCCUUAUUACUCCAAAAGGAUGCAUCUUACGACAUUUAUCUGCUGAAGAAGAAGAUCAUUACUUGGCCUUGGAAGACAGUCUCGCCUCUGCCAUCGACUCUGGUCACGAAUAUCCUGCUUUCAUUGUCACUGAGCCCGACACCACUAACCGUGGUGGCGGGCUGGAUGCUUUAUUUGCAACACCCGAAAAGUUCAAUAUUCGCUGGGUCGAUGACGAGGCUUCUCGAAGCGGUUUGAUCACCGGAACAACGGAAGAUUCAGUCAUUUUGUCGCAUCCGUCAACUCAAGCACCUGCCACCACCCCACCAAACGUCUUUUCUGCACUCGAAGCUGACUCCGCUCGAUCUACCAGCUGGGCAAUUCCCAGCAGCACGGACCCUGUUAGUGGCACCGCUCCUCCACGCUCAUCGGCUACGACGAAGAGUCUCAUGACCGGCUCUACUUUCGGCCCUGAUCUCGAAGAGCUAAUGAAUGUGCCUGACCAAGAAUUACGUUCCAUGAUUGAAGCAGCUCAACGUGAGCUUGAGUUGUCGCGUAAGGACGUGGAUGUUGUGGAUAAGAAGAUUAUGGCGCUGGUAAAGCGAAAUAAGAAGUUGGUGCAGCAAGCCCUCUCUGCAGCGCUGGAGUUUGUGGCGUCCUCGGAUGCCAAGACCCCGACAUAAUCGGGCAGCAAGUCGACGUUAUCCCUUUUAAUCGUAUUUUUUUUCUCCUUGGGUCUAGGAUAUUGGAGGGGCUGUGGGCGAAAUUGUGUGGUUGUUCAAUCCGGCAUAUUAUAUCGAUUCACUUCAUGAUUAUUUUGUUUCCAUCACCAGCUGAUUUGCCUUGCUGCAUUAUUUUGUCUGUUUUCUUUUUGCAAAUUGUGAUUGUGGUCUUGUUUAUUAGAUGUUAUGGAUAUUCCCAUCGAGCUCAUGUAUGUAUCCAUGGCACUUUCGUGGGUUGGUAUUUUGUCCUAUCUGGUGGUCUACUUUACAUAAUUGCCAGUCCGCAUCCGCAUCUUACAGAAAUAAAUGGUUGCGAGAGUGCACAAA